AUGCUCGCCCGGGUCUUUGGAUACUCACCCCUGAAUGGAAGCCCAACCACUGCCGACAGCCCAACAUCGCCACAAUGGUGGAUUGGUGUGACCGCUCCCCUGUCGUCGCGUAGGAUACGUCUCUUGGUGUCAGCCGUCUUGAUCGUGUGCAUUUUCCUCACUUUCGGGCACCGCUACGACUCCCUUUCCAGCAUCCCGGCAGGGUGGGGAAGGGAGGGCAGCCCGGCGCCCGACGCAGACGCAGGGGCCGGCGUUGUCCAACCAAUACAACCGCCGACGCCGCCGACACCGCCAACACCACCAACACCACCAGCACCGCCAGCACCGCCAACACCACCGACCCCACCAACCCCACCAACCCCCCCAGCGCCACCGCAAAGCGAGGACUCCAGCACCAACCCGCCGACCGACAAUAACAACGACAACAACAGCGGCGAAGCCGUCGACUGGUCGCAGUUCGCGUACACGCACCGGGCGGACCGGCUCAUGCUGUACCCGCACCACAUGUUCGACCCAAGCCAGACGGCCGAGGCCAACGGGCGCAACGGCCGGCUGAGCGCCAACGCGAGGCUGCUGAUCAAGGCGCGCGAUGAGUAUGGGGUGAAACUGGUGCCAAUUAAGGUGCAGCAUCGUGAGGGGGAUGAUAAAACCUGGGCGGAAUCCUUCACCAAGCUGCUCGCGUUCAACCAGACGCAAUACGCGCGGGUCCUCUCGCUCGACUCGGACUCGGUGCUCCUCCAAAGCAUGGACGAGCUCUUCCUGCUCCCGCCCGCGCCCGUCGCCAUGCCGCGCGCCUACUGGCUCUACCCCAAGGACAAGGUACUCUCGUCGCAGGUGAUGCUGGUGCAGCCGAGCGCGGCCGAGUUCGAGCGGGUGAUGGCGCGCGUGGCGCAGGCGGGCGGCAGCGACUACGACAUGGAGAUCGUCAACUACCUGUACGGCGACAGCGCGCUGGUGCUGCCGCACCGGCCGUAUGACUUGCUCUCGUCCGAGUUCCGGGAGGCGCCCGAUGCGCAUGCGCGGUAUUUGGGGCGGGAGGAUGAGGUGUGGGAUCCGGUGGCGGUGUUUGAGGAGGCCAAGUUUGUGCAUUUUUCGGACUGGCCUGUGCCGAAGCCGUGGUUAGAUAUUGAGAAGACGAGGGGGGAUAAACAACCGGAUUGCUUUUUGAGGGAUGGGGUGGAGAGUUGUGUGGAGAGGGAGAUGUGGAAUCGGCUUUAUGAUGAGUUUCGAGAGCGGCGGAAGCGCGUGUGCACGCAGGUUCCGGGUGAGCAUUGGCGGCGACGGAGGUGA